CGAAACAACUUAGAGUCGGGCGAAGUAUGUUGACUAGCGAUGCACGGUCUCAAUUUCGAUUGAUUUUUAUUUCAAGCCACCGUUAUGUCUGUCGUUGAAUACCGUAAUGUGCUGUAUCAGUUUAGCAAGGAGAUCGACUGGCAAAAUGAACGCGAACGAAUGAUAUUUAUUUGCAAAGGGUUUCUUCCUGAUGGAUCUGUAGACGAUAUUACGGACGUUAUUUCGUUGCUUUCCAAGUUAGAGGAAAAUAAUCUUCUUGAAAUUGAUCGUCUUUAUGUAUUGAAGGAACUCCUUAAGGGGCUGAGAAAAUGGGAUCUUCUUCGACUGUUGGAGCGAUUUGAAGUGAAGAGAAAGGAUUACAAACAGCUUCUGGAGCGGAUAAGUCGGGCACUCGACGAGUCCAAUGAACUGCCACGACUCAUUUCAAUUUGUAGAAGACAAAAUCUAAUUGCUCAUGAAAGAGAAGAACGUAUCUUAAACUUGAACUCAUUGUUCACAGAGUUAGAACAACAGAACAAUCUGGGGAUAGAAAACCUCACUAUCCUGAAAUCCUUAGCAACCGAGGUAGAGAAACCAGAUUUGUGUAAACUAGUAGAGGAGUUUGGGAAGAAGAGAAAACAGGAAGAUGGUGCCGAGAGGGAGAGAAAAGAGUGGGACGACUGCAAACGAAGAGCACAAGCUAAGGCUGCUUCAGUUCUUACCAGUGGAAUAAAUAUUGGAGAAAGAGUAAUAGGAGUUGUAACACCUCAUUGUACUUUCCGCAAUCUUACUGGUGGUGCUGUGGUUGUUACUACAUGGAUGGUCCUUCGCAGGAGUCCCAGUAUGGAAGCAUUUGUCGAUGCUUUCAAAGAAGCUGUUCUUCCAUUUGGAAAUUUUUUACGUGCAAUUAGUGAGGGAUCGACCCGAUUUAUAAUUCAAUCAGAAAGCAUUUCCGCUCUUGAUGCAUUGUGGCAAAGUUAUCAAGACGAAACACUACCGACAGAUUUACAAGAGUUUCUUGUGACUGAGGAAAUAAAGCAGCUGGCAGGUGGUGAGGUAACGUUGACUGUCCGCAUCGACGAGGAUGAAUACAGAAAUGCCAUGUUCGAUUUGAUGAUAUCUGAAACAGAAGAUUUAGAAACGGAACUUCAAGAAAAGAGAGGAUUAAUAGAACGAGCAAAUUCUGACUCAGACCUUUUAAAAGAACGAAAAAUGACCACAGAUGAUACAAGAGAUCCUUCUCCAGAGAAAGGGUUUUUACCAUUUCGCAGAAAAGUUCUUGUAGAAGAAUAUUUGGAAAAUAUUCAGGAGACGUACAGCGAAAUCGCGCGGCAAAGGGAUAGUGGAGUAGGGACCUGGAGUAAUGCGCCUUCUGAAUAUGGAUUCGACAAAGGCGAAGGUGACAGACUUGAACAGCUCGACCUAUUCGAAGUCUCGUUCAAAGAUGUCAUGGACAAAUGGAACAGCCUUCAUGAGGUAUUCAGAGAGGCAUACCCAUAUGAAGCUUUCAACGUGAAGAAAAAAAUGGAUAGCAUCAGAUUCACUUUAAAGGCCUUGAAAGAGGGUGAAAGAAUGUGGAUGCAUGCAGAACAUAUUUUGUCAUCGUCAAAUAGACCUGAAGCUAUCAUAACACAACUGAAAAUCUCGCUACAGUUAGGUGAAUAUUGUUUCACAAAACCCACCUCUAAGGAGAAAACAUUGAUCCGUGGCUUCGCAAGGAAAGCUAAAAUUUUAAAAAGAAUGGACGUGUUCGAUCACUUAAGGCAGAUCACACCAGGAGGGACAACAGGUCCUUUGUUACCUGAUGACUUGCUUAUCGAUGAAAUGCCGGAAAUAAAGAAAGAGAUCCUAUCGAGUUUUAUUCAGCGUUAUCUCCCAAGAGAUCGUCCUUUUCUAAAGUGGCUGAAUUUGAGUCUAAAAGAUAUUUUUAUGGUACGAAUAGAAAAAAAUUUACUGCAUAUCAUCAUCAAGCGAAACGGAUUGAGAACAGUGGGUGAGCUGUAUGACUUUCUAAGUGAACAUAGGCUGGCUUACAUUGCCGUGAUGCUUUAAAGGCCUUGACACUACCCGCUCGCGAAGAUAUCUCGAUCUCAUGUCUUCUUGCACUAUUCUAUAACAUGAUGAAUCGGCUUACCUUUACCACAGAGGAGAGAUGAUUUGCAGCUAAAUUUAGUUAUAAUUACUUGACAUGAACAAAAUUCUCGAUAGUUCCCCGGGCUUAGUUUGGUAGCGAAGUCAAAGAAAUUAGAAAGAAAAACUUCCUUACAGUCAUUCUGAAGAGAAAUCUGUAAGUCGGUAGGUAGUUUUGUAUUGUGCAUGUUAGUUUUUCGUUUUAAGGUAAAUUUUAGCAUUUUUACUUUUAUUAGUUACUGAUGGUAAUUUUUAAGUUAUUUCUUACGCCAGUAAUCAGUACUCAUUUAGGAGUCGUAAAUAAUGUUUGUCUUUGCCAACUUUGGUCUAGUACUAUUUAAACGAUACCUAACAUAAUAACCCAAUAUCUGGGCACAGACCCAUAGAUAAAAUAACGAGAAAAGUUACGGAAAACCCCAUAUUUCCAAUGAGUAUUUAGAAAAAGCUAUUUUAAAAUGGCGAUUUUUUUAGGUGCGAAUUAAAAACCUUUAGAUAUUUAGUAAGGGAACAAUAUUAAGAACUGGGCACAGACCAAGAUCCUCGGAUGUAAGCCUGGGUAGGAGUUAAUGAUGAAUAUCAAAAGUGUAGGGGAGGGUAUUCCGACCAGCAUUUAGCGAGUGCAGGUUCAAAGACGUAACUGAGGAAAAAAGAAUAAAUGACAUGCCUAAUCCUCACAAUAACAUCCUGAUAAAAGACGAUUUGAUCUGAUAACUACAACCCUCGACAAAGUUUUCGGGACACAACAACAAAACGGUUGAUAAUGAACACAUAUCGAAACCAUGAAACGAACAAUACCUACAAGCUUCUGUUCUCGCGAAAAUUUUUGGCUAGAAUAGUAGGCGUCCCCUUUGUAGUUAAAUGAAAUAAAACCUUAUUUGCAUAUCACGCGCAGUUAACCAAUAUGUCAACUUAUUGACACACAGUGAAGCUAUUAGAUCAGAGUGUAGCAGAAUUCGAGUAAGUCAAUUUUACCAUUCGUUUCUACGGCAAAAGCCAGAAAAUUAAAUCUGGUUUUUCUAGUCAUUUUCUUCAUGAAUGAUAAUCUUUCUAUCAAUCCUUGUAAGAAAAGGCAUUCAAAACCGGUUUCACAGUUAAAAGUAGUGUGGAUUUAGAUCAAAUCACUCUACCCAACUUGAUGCCGUUACCCUCUACGAUUUCGUUCGACGUGGACUGGAUCAAGGUUUACUCACUGGCACUGUGUUUAUUGACUCGAGUAAAGCAUUUGAUUCUGUCGAUCACGAUCUAUUGAUAAACAAGCUAGAGUCAUGAAGCUAAGAACACUGAACUGAAUUGGUUCAAAAGCUAUUUAUCUGAUCGCAAGCAAGUUGGGAGACCUCUGACUAUGCCCAAUUACGUCUGGGGAUCCCCAAGGAUCAGUUUUCGGUCCCUUAUUGUCUAUUUUAUUUAUAGAUGAUCUCCCAAAGGUUUGAACUAAAUGCCAGAAUUUGAUGUCUGCUGACGACACGGUUAUAAUGUAACUAUUUUGGUGAUAGAGGACACCUUGACAAACGAAUUGGCAUUGGUAAAUAAAUGGCUCAUAGCUAGACAAUAAGUUGUUCAUGCAUAAGGGCAAAACGGAGUGUAUCCUCACGGUUUUCUGGCACUGGCUCUAGGCUGGCACUUUCUACUUCUUUCUCUGUAGUUAUUGAUGGAAAAGCACUUAGUGGCGCUUCAGAUUAUAAAUAUCUGGGAGUUGUUCUCGAUGCGUCGCUUACGUGGAAUGCACACGCUGAAUUCUUGAUCGGUAAGGGUAGAAAGAGAUUAGCAAUGUUUGGCCGAAUUAGGAAAAACGUAAACAUGUACACGGUAGGUACCGUUUAUAAGUCGUUUAUUCUCUCUAUUCUUGAUUACUGCGAUACUGUGUGGAGCUGCUGCAGGAGGAUUAACGCUGAUAAGUUGGAGUAAAUUCAGAGGCGCGCUGCUCGUAUUGUUAUGCGUCUGGGGAGCAGCGAAAAAGCGCUAAAUUUCUUAGGUCACGUAACUCGGUAGAAAAGGCGCGAGAACCACGUACGCAAUCUAGUUAAGAAAUGCUUAGGCAACUUUUGUCCACAGUUGUUUAUGUACUACUCCAAUCAUAAUAAAGAUGUAUUGCCCAGAACAACAAGGAGCAGUGGUAAACUUAAACUCCUCCGGUCUAUUAAGAUAGAAUGUAUAAAAAAGGCCAUUUUUAUAAUGGCUGUGUAAUUUUUAAUCAGAUUUAAUUUUAAUAUUUUCAUGAUUUUGCUCGUAAUUUUAUGUUUGAGUCCUUUAUAUAACAUUUUAUAGUUAAUAUAUAGCAUUUUAUAGCUAAUCAUCACUAUUAUUCCUAUUAAUUUUUUUCAUCAUAUGUGUAGGGCCUCCAUGGAUAGCAGUUUUUUUUUAUCUUGUACAAAAACUGAAGGAGUUACCCUAUUGAAAAGCUUUCUUAAAAAAUAGCAUUUAUUCGAAUAGAAAUGUGUAGUGAAAUAAGAUUUGGAAAGCUCGCUAUCUUAUUACUUACUUCACUCAUUUAUUUUGAAGUUAAUGCAAAUAGUUUAACAACGUCAUGAAGACCAUUAAGGGCAGACAGGAAGAAGUUAAGUUUUAGCCGUUUGCUAUAUAGUGUAAAAAUACAUAUCCAAGAUUCAUUAGAAGCGCGGACCUUGCAUUUCAACGAUGA